AUGUCAAAGAAAUGGGCACAGCAACGACUCCCUACUAUCGAAGUAACUGCAGACCCCAAGGGCAAAGGCAAGGCUGUUGACUACGGUUCACGUACACCUAUUGCCGACGAGUUCAUGUCCGAAGCUUUCAAGUCUCAGAGAUGCUCCACGUCUUCCAUGUCUUCUAUAGAGUCAGCAUCUACUGAGCAGGCUGAUCUCUCCCACUUGUCAACCGACAUGUACGCACCAGGCCCUUCUAGCUCCAAACCAGUCCAUCCUAGGCCUACACCAAUCCCGUUCUUUCCAUCUCCACCAAGUACCAGCGCCCGAGUCAGUGGUCCAGAAACUGGCGUCACCAUCUCACAGAGCGACUCCACUCCCGUCCCGACUCGCGGACAUCGUUCCGAAUUUGAGGGCAACGGAGGUUGCACUUCCGAGACCUCGUCUGUGUGUACUGAGCGCCCGACUCAGCACAAGAUGUACCUGUCUGCUGCCACCUCCUCCACACGUAGAGGUAACCCCAAGACGAACGGGCUAAAUGGAGAUCGAGAGGUUUGCCUCCAAGUGCCGGCUCCAAAGGUCAAGCCGGUGUUUGAUGUUGUUGCUGAGUAUCACGGAUUGGAGCUGUGUCGCAUCAGUGACGCCGUGCCUUAUCUACUCGGUACCCGCAACAUACGCACCUGUCUUGCGUCCAUCACUGAAGACAAUUUGUCUCACACCCCCGACAUCCACCUGGGCAAGAUAUCGCGCGGUAGCCCGGACGCAUACAGCUCUCUCGACAUCUCUCUCAUGGCCGUCCUCCACUCCCUCCGCAACGCCUCCUCCACCCGCCAGGCUGUUGGGAAUUGGUACACCCAAGGCCUCGCCACGCGCAAAGACAGCCUGAUCCUGUACGAGCACACUGCAGCCACCGGUCCGGAACAAACCCUCGUUUCGGCCGCCAAAUUCCACGACAUGGCACAAACAUGGCUGCUCCUCCGCAACCCGGCCAACAAGUCCGGGGAUCCGCCUCACGCCAUCAACUCCUGGGUAGACAUCAACACGAGCCUGCGCAAGCAAAACGUUGAUAUCAGCAAAAUUGAUACGAAACUCUACUACGAGCUCACGACGGUGCUCGAGGGCGAGGCGCUCCAACGCCGGAUCGCUGAGAUUGCGAGGUGGAGCAGGACGGGGCAUCUGAAUAAACGGUAUGCGGUUUGGUGCAAGUAUGUUGAGGGAACGAAGGAGAAGAAAACCAAGGUUACUGGGACCCAGCAUACUGUUACACCAGUUAGUAGGAAGGAAAAGGACACUCGCACAGACAGUCUCAACGCUAAACGCUUCGCACACGAGCACCACCAUCACCACCACCGGCACCCCCUCGGGCGUCCUAGAUCCCUCGUCUCCGACGACGACGACGACGACGACGAGAAAGCACAGCGACGCGCCGGGAAAGCAGUCCGCGCUUUCACUGCAGCUACGGCCGCCGCUCUCGAGACGCAGAGGAAGGAAAAAAUUGACAAGCAGGGAGGCGUGAUGCGAGGUGUGGCCAGGGGAUGGGCCAACAGGAAGAAGAGAAAUACUGUUCUCUUUGUUCUCUUCAUUACCUUCUUCUUGGGGCCGUUGGUUGGCGCGCUGCUCUGGGCUAUGGCUAUGCGCAAGUUUGAUUGGACGCCGGGGGCGGGCGAGGGGUAUUAG